AUGGGAGAGAAAAAGAAAAGACAGCGAAAGCUUCAGAACGUUCCACAGAUUCCAUGCGUUCGCGUCCCUGCCUCCGCCUCGGACACGGCGUUGCUGAAGGGCCUCACCCCGGGGCAGCAGCGCUACCUCUACAGCACCGUGCAGGCCUACAGCUCCAGGCAGCAGUGGGAGGCCUUGGGGACCCGCUUCGUCCACAGCGUCCAGCAGCAGUGGCUGCUCGGCUACAUUACUCAACAGGAGGCCUUGGCUUGUGCAGUUAUUCUUAGAGAUUCAAUCAAGAAAGCCUCAGCCAAGGAAGCUCUUCAGAGAACUAUUCCCCGGAGGGCUUCAGCCAUGACAAGAACAAGGCCACCAGCACGCCCUGUGUCUGUGGUUCGACCCAGGGCCCUAAGCACAGGGCUCUGAUCCUUGGGAACCAAAACUUUGCACAAGCUCUGA